UAAUGAUUUUCUUUUUUAUUUUUUCGGAUCAGCUUAAAUUGGCUGAAGGAUCACAAACAAGUUCUUAUCAGAACUGUACCCAUGACAAUGCUGUUCAGUGGAAAUCGGAUGAUUAUGUCCCUGAAGAACUUGCAGCGCCUGACUCUCUCUCUUUUGGAAGAAAUAGACACAUGAAAAAUAAAAUUGGGUUGAAGAAUUCUUCAGAUGGGAUGGAAUUUGUUGAACAACUUCAAAAUUCUUCUGUAUUUGGGUGCUCAGAAGCAGAGAAAAGAUACGACAUAGUUACCCCACUUUAUCAAAGGGUACUCUCAGCUGUAAUUGUGGAAGAUGAGGUCGAAGAAUCUGAAGAAACUGGAUUUGGGAGACCUAGAGACUUUGAAAGGAGCUCUGCUGCCCAAGAGGUGCUGCAAAGAGACAGUGGAUAUAUGCACUCUGAGGUUGAAGUGUUGGUUAGACUUUCAAGAUGUGAUUAUGUUCCCCAGAAUAUGCAGACAAAUAAUUGUGGCAUUCCUUCCUUUGAUGGCCAAUAUGAGCAAAUGGGGAUUGAAGAAAAGCUCAUUCUAGAACUACAAAGCAUUGGCCUAUUCGUGAAAGCUGUGGUAAUAGUUGGGUUUUUAGUAGCAGAUUUUGAUCAUAA